CGCUAAUGGCUGCGGAGCCGAGGGCUGGCUGACCGCUCUCUGCGCCAGGGGCAGCCUGGCUUGGCUGGAGCUAAGAAAGACCCAGACACAUCCAUUGCCUGGAGCUGGGUGACAUCUUUCCUUUCUAGAAGCUGAAUAAAUAAGCUGGUGACUCUCACAACAAUUGGAACACAAGAACAGGAGUCCAAGCCAGCCUGCCGUGACACUUCUCUCCGGGAGUUCUGGGUGCCAGAGUGGAGGUCUUACCCCGCUGACUAGCAAGAGAAGAGGUGAGGCGAGGUGGCAGAGACUGGGAGAGUCACAAAAGCAGCUCUUGCAGGUGCCUCGGGCAGCCGGAGAUAGGUCAACGCCACCACGUGGCUGCUAGCAUCGGGGAAAGCAUCAGCGGCCACCAGACUGUCAUAAAGGAGUCUUAACCACCCAUCUGGGGUCAGGUAUAGAGACGUAACUGGAAGUGCUGAGUUCUUGCCCUUGGGCAAGAAAAGGUGAUUGAUCCAGAAGAAUUUGGGGCUGCUGUUGGAGUGGCCUGGGACCAUUCACUGGUGGGGUAGAAGUUCAACAGCUCAGCCAGGAUAUUCCGAGUCCUGAUAGGCAGUGCCUAUCCACACCACAAACUACUUGGUACCCAUAGCGUUCGAGCAAAUACUCGGACAAUGGCGCUGGCACUGUUAGAGGACUGGUGCAGGAUAAUGAGCGUGGAUGAUCAGAAAUCACUGAUGGUCCUGGGGAUACCAGUGGACUGCAAUGAGGCUGAGAUUCAGGGGGUUCUCCAGGAGACCUUAAAGUCUCUGGGCAGGUAUAGACUGCUCGGCAAAAUAUUCAGGAAGCAGGACAAUGCCAAUGCCGUCUUACUAGAGCUUAUGGAGGAUAUUGAUGUCUCGGUGAUCCCCAGUGAGGUUCAGGGAAAGGGGGGUAUCUGGAAAGUGAUCUUUAAGACCCCCAACCAGGACACUGAAUUUCUGGAACGACUGAACCUCUUUCUGGAAAAGGAGGGACAAACCGUCUCUGGUAUGUUCCGAGCCCUUGGGCACGAGGGACUGUCUCCAGCCACGGUGCCCUGCAUGUCCCCAGAGUUACUGGCUCACUUGUUGGGACAGGCGAUAGCUCACGCCCCUCAGCCCCUGCUCCCCAUGAGGUACCGGAAACUGAGAGUGUUCUCUGGGAGUGCCGCGCCUGCCCCCGAGGAAGAGCCCUUUGAAAUCUGGUUGGAACAGGCCACAGAGAUAGUCAAAGAGUGGCCAGUAGCAGAGGCAGAAAAGAAAAGGUGGCUGAUGGAAAGCCUGCGUGGCCCCGCCCUGGACCUCAUGCAUAUAGUGCAGGCAGACAACGCGGCCAUAAGCGUGGAAGAGUGUUUGGAGGCAUUUAAGCAAGUGUUCGGAAGCCUGGAGAGCCGCAGGACCUCCCAGGUGAAGUACCUGAAGACCUAUCAGGAGGAGGGAGAGAAGGUCUCAGCCUAUGUGUUGCGGUUAGAAACCCUGCUCCGGCGAGCGGUGGAGAAACGCGCCAUCCCCAGGAAUAUAGCAGAUCAGGUCCGCCUGGAGCAGGUCAUGGCCGGGGCCAGCCUUAGCGAGGUCCUUUGGUGCAGGCUGAGGGAGCUGAAGGAUCAGGGCCCGCCUCCCAGCUUCCUUGAGUUAAUGAAGGUAAUCCGGGAGGAAGAGGAGGAAGAGGCCUCUUUUGAAAAUGAGAAUAUUGAAGAGCCAGAUGAAGGGGAUGGUUAUGGCCUCUGGGAUAACGAGGCAGAUGACUAAAAACCGUCUCACAGGGGUUUCCCAGCCAGUGCACCCGGGGAGGUUUGCUGUACCCCGCUAAGACCGUGUGGCUACUUUUGUCCAAGGCGUUAGAGGCAGGUCUUGAUUCUUCUAAGAAAAAAUACCGAGAGUUUCUUGGCCCCUACAUAGAUUAUUCAUAAACAAGGGAUUCAAUGCCAAGUGAGAAAUAGGAAGCCUGACGGAAUCCGCAACAGUUCACGUUUCCCAAAUAGACCAAAGUCACUUACUCAUACCAUAAAAGAAAGAAAUGAUGUAAGGAAAAGAAUAUCUUUUUUAAUCUAUUUAACAUCUAAGCUCUUUGACUUUCUGAAAUCAGCACAUGUCCUCUGAGGUCCUAGCGGUGUGAGGCACUGGGCAAGGAAGUAAGAAUCAUAAACCUAUGAGCAUGGGCUAUGCUCCCAGAGCGAGCUUACCGGCUCACUGAGGAUUGGCCUCAGCAUGUGAGAAGCUAGGUAAUCCUGUGUGUAAGUCACAACACUUGUGGAAGUGCCACUACCAAGUGAGUACAGCCACUUCUGCUACUGUGUUUCUUUUUUUAUCUUUACUUGGGAAGCCCUCCUCCACUUCUCUGCUACAUGUCAGAUGGCCGAUUCCAAGUACUGUUUUAGGCCCUCAAGACACAGAUGACUCGAGGUGCCUGGGUGGCUCAGUAGGUUAGGCGUCCAACUUCAG